AUGUUGGUCCAGAAAGAAAUUGCACUCCUACCAAGCCAACCAGGUAUUUUUAGUGUUUUGUGUGAGAGGAAUAGUAAUAUAGUGCUUUUGAGGGUGGCGCAGGGAGGUUGACUCAUUAAAAAUUCAUGGCGGUGUUGUGACAUGUACUCAAUAAAUAAUCAUUGUGGACAUAUAAGUCAUGUCAUGAGGGUAAACACCAACCUAUUACUGUAAACAGAACAACACAUUGGUGUUUUAGACACAGUAAACGUCUAUAGGCAUGCUUGGGCAACACACAUUUCUUUCAAACUUUGACAUAAUUAAUAUACAAUCCUAUAUAGACCCAUUGCACUGACGUCACAAAUCCUUAGUGUCCUCCAGAUGCUCCCUAACAAUAUCUGUUCGGGUACAACAACCACAUCAAGCGCAAAAAUUAACCAUUUCAAUAAAAAAUUAUUAUAAAGUUUUACAAAAUUGGCUUUGUUUCCAAAAGUUAUAUUAUGCAUAGAUUGCUAAUUUGUCCUCCAGAUGCAUCGUCACCGGCGCUGUGACGUCAUGUGCAAUGGGUCUAUUGAGAUGGCUCGAUAUUGGCCAAACCAUUUUGGCCAAUAUCGAGUCAUCUCAAUAGAUCCAUUUUUGACUAUUUGUAUUUGACGUUUUGCCUUACAGUAUACAGCUGAUUCAAUUAAGGUUGUCCUUCCAAAAACUUAAACCUUAAACUCUGAGUGUGCAAGGGAUGAUGGGUUAUUGCUUAUUUAGACUUAUAAACUUUGAAAUUUGGCUUUGCAAGAAUACUUAAGACAUAUAUAAGACUCACGACAGAAAACAUACUUGCCGCAAAGACAAUUUUCUGAGUUUAAGGGCCUAAUAGGUGAAAACCCAUCAUCCCUUGCGCGCUCAGAGUUUAAGGUUUUGGGAGGACAACCUUAAUUGAAUCAGCUGCAUAAGUACAGGUAACUGUUUAUCUCGUGAUAUUGCGUGCCAACUUUAAUGUGGAGAUUAGUGCUGACCGAAUGUGGACGUGAUCACUGAAUAUACUGUAUAAGCGAAUAUAUAUAUUAUAUAUAGAUAUACUACCAAAAGGUUAUCACGUCAACUUAUGAUACUACCAAAAGGUUAUCACGUCAUAAGGAAAGAUCGGGUUGCUGACAAACGUGGAGGUGGAGUUCUUAUAGCGCUACGUGAUGACAUUGUUUACAACAGAAUAACCUCAAGGAAAAACUGCCCAGAUUGGUCGGAUCGUUUAGAGAUCAUCGCACUCGAACUUGAGCUGUUAAAUUCAAAGAAAUCUCUAGUGUGUGUUUGUUAUCGACCACCUAGUUGUGAAUUAGACAAAUGGCUCGAAUCGUUCACGACAUUUCUGCAAGAAACAUCACACUACGAUAAAGUCCUUAUCACCGGUGACUUCAACUUCCCAGAUUUAACUUGGAACUCCAACCUGGUGCCUACCAAAUCAGAAAGAAGUAUCUCGGCUGGAUCAUCUGAAUUUAGAGAACUUGCGUUUGAUUUUUUCUUCCACCAAGUCAACAUGUACCCUACUAGACAAAACAACAUUCUAGACCUCGUCCUAACGAACGCUCCUGAAAACAUUGUCAAUCUCUCGUGCGUUUCUGCCAAAACAAUGGAUCUCUCAAGUGACCACAACCUGAUGUUCUUUGACAUCUUACUUCAUAUUAAAUCAACAGGUUUUGACAAGAGAACUGUUUUUGAUUUCCACCACGCAGACUGGAACGGCCUAUAUCACGCCCUUAACCACAUCAAUUUAUCACCCAACGAGUCGAGCGAUAUCAACAAUGAUUGGAAGCAAUGGAAAGACCUCUUCCUUGGUGCCGCGACUGAUUAUAUUCCACUCAAAACCUUCAAACGGCGUAGCUCUCCUCCAUGGAUUGACGGUGAAGUCAGGCGUCUUCUCUCAAAGAAAGACUCGUGUAGAAAAAAGGCGAAACUUUCCUCAUCUGCUAAUCUCUGGGGAAAAUUCCGUGAUCUUCGACGUGCGGUCAAGACAUUAAUUAGUAAGAACCAAGCGAAUAGAGUACUUCCAGAAACUUCCAACUUUGCUAAAAUCGAGCAGUAAAAAGUUCUGGUCUGUCUUCAAAUCUACCUCGAAACAUUCUAACAUUCCCAGUAAAAUGUCGUGGACCCAACAAGAUUCAACUUCCUCCACAGCUGAAAACCCUGCCGACAUUGUCGACCUGUUAAACCGUUACUUCUACUCGGUGUUCAAACAUUCCGAUACUACUGACGACCAUUCCCCUUCUGUUGCUCCUGAUAACGACACGACUGAUCUUACCACCAUCGCAAACAUCUUGUUAACAGAAGAGGAAGUACGUGUUGUACUCAAAGCACUGGAUGAAGCCAAAGCUAGUGGCCCCGACAAAAUCCCAGCGUUACUGCCGAAGAACUGUGCAGUUAACAUCAGUUCAUCUCUAUGCCAGCUGUUCAAAAAGAGCUUAUCUUGUGGAAUUCUGCCGUCCGAAUGGAAGCUGGCCAACAUCAGUCCAAUUCCAAAAAGGAACCCUAUUCAUGACGUAACCAACUACAGACCAAUAUCACUGUUGUCAUUAGUCUUGAAAGUGUUUGAACGCUGUAUAUAUAAUAGACUUAUAGAACACGUAUACGGUCAAAUUUACGAACUGCAGUACGGUUUUUCAGGGGAAGAUCUACAACAUCGCAGCUGCUACACAUUCUCCAUCAAGUUCUUAACGUACUUGAGCAAAGAAAACCAAGUUGACAUUUCUAUCUCGACUUUGCCAAAGCUUUUGAAGCUUCACAACUUCGGUAUAAGAGAAAAUCUUCUUCGUUGGUUCAAAGACUUCCUUUCUGGGCGAUUCCAGAGAGUCACUGCGCUUGGUGUUACAUCAAAACCACUUCCAGUUCUAUCAGGUGUUCCCCAGGGAUCAAUUCUUGGGCCACUUCUAUUCAUAAUUUACAUCAAUGAUCUCCCGAAAUGUGUCUCACACGAUACUACCAUGGCAAAGUUUGCUGACGAUACCAAAUGCCACCGUCCUAUUAAAAAUUCCCAAGAUAAGGUAACCCUUCAAUCCGACUUGGACAACAUUACCAACUGGUGUCACGACUGGAAAAUGGAGUUACAUCAAAGUAAGUGUGGAGUGCUACAUCUUACAAGAUCUCGUGAACCAACCAUCACACAGUAUACGGUGCUUGGUACCCCAGUUAUCCGACCUAACAGUCAGAAAGAUCUUGGCAUAUCUAUAACUGGUGACCUCAAAUGGAACAAGCAAGUGGAGGAGAUUUCGUCGAAGGCCAACAAGAUGCUGGGUUUCGUGAAGCGAACAGCAUACAUGAUUGAUAACCAAUCGGUCCGCAAGGCACUCUACCUGACUUUGGUUCGCAGUCAACUGGCGUACGGUUGUCAAGUGUGGGCACCCCAGACGGUCAGCAACAUUCUAACCAUUGAACGUGUUCAGUGCCGUGCCACCAAGUUCAUCCUAUCUCUGCCAUACCAAACAGAUAUCUCGUAUAAAGAAAGAUUGCAGAUCCUUGGCAUCAUCCCUCUAUGUUACUGGCAUGAGUAUUUAGACAUCAUUUAUAUCUUUAAAAGUCUCAUAAAUGACUCUGACAGUAAUAUCUCGGUCAAAGUUUCAACACGAGAAACAAGAAGUGCAAGUAAUGGAACAUUCCUAA